AAAAUAAAAAGAAACUAAAUAUUUUUUACGUAAAGAAAAUACAUUUUCAAAAUACUAUUUGAAAAGCAUAUCAUUUAUUGUAUAGUGUUUUUUUUUAAGGAGAAGAAAAUAAUUAUAAAUUGUAAAAUGCCCCCCACCGGUAUAGCUGUAGAUGAAGCCGAUCAUCGUCAACGGCGAUCCCAUCAUUAUGAUUUCAAACACAAUUUUGAUCACGUGCAUAAAAGCGAUAAUAACGCUUUAGUAAAUACCGACAACAGUAAUCAUUCCGCCGCCGGCGAUAAUCAUAAAGAAGAUGACACUUACAUGGAGAUACGUAAAAUGACAAGAUAUUCCGAUGGCACGGUUAAGUUACGUAAUGCCAACAUCGAACUUAUGGAUCAAGAUAUUUUAUAUCACUUAGCAUUGGGUAGCGAAAGUCAUGAUUUACACGAAAUGUUCGGUGAUGUUAAGUUUGUUUGCAUGGGCGGGACACCAAAGCGCAUGGAAAACUUUGCACAUUUUAUUAUGAAUGAAAUCGGUUAUAAAUUGCCAGCGGGCACUAUGCUCCAGGAUAUUAGCGAAUUUUCGUACCGCUAUUCGAUGUACAAAGUUGGUCCGGUGCUUUGCGUCAGUCACGGCAUGGGAGCACCCUCAGUCAGUAUUCUGAUGCAUGAAAUGAUUAAACUCAUGUAUCACGCCAAGUGUCAAGAACCAAUAUUCAUACGUAUUGGCACUUGUGGUGGUAUAGGGGUUGAGGGCGGCACUGUUAUCAUCACCGAAGGUGCCCUUGACGCGCAAUUAAGAAAUUCGCAGGAGUUUACAAUCCUGGGUAAGACUGUUCAGCGUCCUGCCAAAUUAGAUGAAAAAUUGGCCCGCGAAUUAAAGUCAUUGGCCAGUCAUGAUGAUCCCUAUGAUACAAUUAUCGGUAAAACGUUGUGCACAAAUGAUUUUUACGAGGGUCAAGGACGUUUGGAUGGAGCAUUUUGUGAUUUUACCGAAGCUGAUAAAAUGGCAUAUUUGGAAGAAUUGCGUGACCACGGCGUAGUCAAUAUUGAAAUGGAGAGCACUAUUUUCGCUGCUCUUACUCAUCAUGCUGGCAUUAAGGCCGCUGUUGUUUGCGUCGCCUUACUUAAUCGUCUUAAUGGUGAUCAGGUAAAAAAAGUUCAAGUAUAUACAUAUAUAUAUAUAUACAAGACCAUUAUAGUCCGGCACAGCCGAUUAUCAAAUAUCCUAAACCACAUUGUAGUGUGUUUUAUGUCUUGUUUCUAUAUAACGGCACAUUUUUCAUGUGCGUAUUUAUGAGGAAGCGGGCUCAAAACGCAACCUAAUGUAGUACAAGUUUAAUCCUUACCUGUGGCGGGAUCCAAAAAGAAGCGCAGAUGAUUCAAAUUUUGUAGAGUUUAUUUAUUAUUUAUUACUAAUAAGCGUCAAUUUUCAUCAUCGUACAUUAAAACUUAGGCUUUUCUCCUCUACAAGGCAUCAAGUUUCGUGAAAAUUCUUUUUAGGGCAGGACACAAAAAAUAGGCUGACAUAAUUUUCAUCAUGGAGCAUUAAAAAUUAUAGCUUUUUGUUUUGAAGGAAACUUCAGUUCUCGUUAUAUGAGAGGGAGUUCAAAAAUUGCCUCAACCAGUCGAAAGUUUUCAUACCAACUUAGAAUACUGAAAUACUACUACUUAAUUUUUUUCCAUAAAAUGACAUUUCAAAAUUAGGCGUGCUACCGAUCCGAAAUAUUUUCAAUAGUGUUCGAUCAAAUUUCAUCGAAAUAUCUCAAAAAUUGCGAAGAGUAGC